AUGUUCUAUUCAGAGUCGCUGUUGACCAAGACCGGGCCGUUGGCUCGCGUUUGGCUGGCCUCUAAUCUCGAUCGAAAGCUCAACAAACAGACCGUCCUGCAGUCCAAUUUGCAGGACAGCGUGAGGGAUAUCAUUGGGGAGAAUGCUGCACCUAUCGCUUUACGAAUGAGUGGGCAGCUGCUGCUCGGUGUCGUCAAGAUCUACAACAGAAAGACAAAGUACUUGAUGGACGACUGCAGCGAAGCCCUGCUCAAAAUCAAGAUGGCCUUCCGUCCUGGGAAUGUUGAUCUUCCCAGCGAUCAAUCCCACAAGGCCAACCCGCACACUUUGAUGCUCGCAGACACCAUCACAGAAGUGGACCUUUUCGCACCGCUUCCAGAUCCCGAAGAGCUGCUACGAGCACCCGAAGAGCGCGCACCUGGACAGGACUCUACCCUCCUCGAUUUUGGAAUGAGUCAAGUCAUGGAUAGUCAGACCCCCAGCCGACCCAAAGAGAGACGUCUUCUCGAACUUGACGACGAUGACCUUGGCCUGGAUAUUGGUCUUGAGCCUGGUCAGGAUGCCAUUAGAUCGCCCGCAAUGAGUGAGGGGCCGUCCAUCGAACAGGGACGUCGUGCAGCCACCCCUCGCAACGAUGAGCCAACUCUCCUCGAAGAUGACGACCUUGGCCUGGAUCUUGGCUUUGGCGUGGGAGAUGACACUACUCUUGGUCGCGAAGCCUCCAUGCGGCCUGGUACAGCAGGCGACGGCAUGCUCUUGAAUGACGAUGACAUGCCAAUGGGCGGCAUGGGCGAUGACGAAAUCGACCGGGCAAACCAGAAUGCCCUCCUUCGCGCAGACCAAGCCACCGAACAAGCGCGUCGAUCGGAAUCUCCCCUCUCAUCUGUUCGUUCCAGUGUGGGGCGCGAUCUGGAGCAGACGUUUCAACUCAGCCAGGCUCAGAUGGACGACGAUACUGAUGCCACCAUCAUUCAAGCUCCUCAGCGUGUUAAGCGGAGAAAGGUUAUGCAGAUGGACUCUGAGACGACCCUUCACAACAGCCAGAUCAAGAAGCAGCAGGAUGAUCGUAAUGCCAUCAUCAAAGCACCUACAUUCUUGCCACACGACCCAGUGUUGCUUCAGCUCAUGGAGAUGCAGCGAAAUGGUACCUUUGUUAGUAACCUGAUGGGUGAUGGACGCAUGCAGGGUUGGGCUCCAGAGCUUCGUGGCAUCCUCUCUCUCGAGGUGGUGCGGAAAGCAGGUGAUAAGAAGCGCAAGCGAGACUCAGGCAUCGCAGACGUUGAGACCGACGGCGAGCAACAAGACGCUCCUCAGCUCGAGAUUCCACAGGAAGAUGAAGGCUUCCAGAUAAAUGCUGGCGCGGACGACUUCGGUGCCACUGUUCACUCAGACGGUAUCCAACCCCAGCAAGACGACGAACUUGACAACGAGCAAGACAACUACGACGAAGAGCCCGUCAACUUCGACAUCACCGAAGCACCUCUCCUGCACCCAUCACAAUCCGGCCCCGUCGCACUGGGCACCAAGAAGAUGGUCCACAUGCUCCGCGACCACUUCGCCCCAGAACACCCCAAGACCGCCAACGAGCCACCGACCCCAUCCAAACGCGUCAAGGCAUCCGCCCUCUUCACCGACCUGUGCCCCGAAAAGCAAACAUCCCGGCAAGACGCCACGAAGAUGUUCUUCGAGCUGCUCGUCCUCGGCACCAAGGACGCCAUCAAAGUCGAGCAGGACAACAAGGAACUCGGCCUGCCGAUCCGCGUUCGCGGCAAGCGUGGUCUCUGGGGCGACUGGGCUGAGCUGCAGUCUGGCGGCGAGAUUGCGAGCCAGAGUCAACAGCAGGAGCAUGUCGCUGGUGCUGUUGAGGCAUCUUGA